UUAUUUCGCGGGAACUGUUGCAUCUUUUCGUUGCUGAGGAGUGACAGCAUCUGUGUUAAAUCAAAACCUAAUUUAAUACUUGACGUAGGACUGAUACGAGCUUGAUCUUCCGUCUGCUAAGGUCCGUCAUGUUCUCCGACCUGAGUGCCCAGAAAGACUCCUCUCUGCUCAGCCGCCCGGCCGGAGAGGAGCAGGGGCCGGUGUUUGACAGAGUGUCCCCGGCCUACAGCCCCUGCUCCGAGCGCUACAAAUUGGGAGACAGGAGUUUCAGUCGCCAGUAUGCUCAUAUUUACGCAGCGCGACUGAUGGAGAUGAGACCCCUGCUCACAGAGAGAGCUCAUCAGAAGUGGGGAUCAGAAGUGACGGUCAGGAAGCUGUGUGAUCUUCAGACAGGAGAGCAGUGUUGUAUUGUUGGAACCUUAUUCAAGCGCAUGGAGCUGCAGCCGUCUAUCCUGAAAGAGAUCAGUGAGGAGCACAAUCUGCUGCCUCAGCCUACACGAACCAAAUUCAUAAGUGAAACAGAUGAGCUGAUUCUGGAGGAUGAGCUCCAGAGGAUCAAACUGGAGGGCAAAAUUGACAAAGAAAAGUGUGUCACAGGUAGUGUUAUCGCAAUAUACGGAGCUGAGAGGAAUGACGGAAAGUUUACAGUUGAGGACUUUUGCACAGCUGAUCUCCCUGUGCAGACAACGAGACCCACGCUCGGCUCUGAUAAGUUCGUGCUCCUGUCUUCGGGACUCGGCCUCGGCAGUAGUCAUGCCGACAGUAUGCUGGGGCUACAGCUGCUGGUUGACAUGGUAACCGGUCAGCUGGGUGACCAGGGGGAGCAAAACGGGGCAGCGACGAUAUCAAGGGUCUUAUUGGCUGGAAACCUCUUAAGUCAAAGCACCCUGGACAAGGAUGCAUCAACAAAGGCCAAGUACCUCACCAAGAAGACUCAGGCUGGCACCGUGGAUGCCAUGCGUUUGCUGGAUGAGCUGCUGCUUCAGCUCGUGGCCUCUGUCCCGGUGGAUGUAAUGCCCGGCCAGUAUGACCCCACCAAUUUCACCCUCCCACAGCAGCCUCUCCACCGCUGUAUGUUCCCUUUGUCCUCGGUGUACCCCACACUACAGCUGGCCUCCAACCCAUACCAGGCUGAGAUAAACGGAGUCAGGUUCCUGGGCACAUCAGGCCAGAACGUCUGUGACAUCGAGAGAUACAGCAGCAUGAGCAGUCACCUGGAAAUACUGGAGGAGACGCUACGACUUAGACACCUAGCUCCUACAGCGCCUGAUACCCUUGGUUGUUACCCAUUUUACCAAAAAGACCCAUUCAUCUUGGAAGAGUGUCCUCACGUUUACUUCAGCGGAAACGCCCCUUCGUUUGAGUCCAAGCUCAUCAAAGGUCCUGAUGGCCAGGAAGUGCUUUUGGUUGCCGUUCCAAAGUUCAGCAGCACCCAAACGGCCUGCCUGGUCAAUUUACGCACUCUUGAAUGUGAGCCGGUCAGCUUCUCGGCCUUCUCUGCCGAAGACGACGAGGAGAGUGAGAUGAACAUCAGCCACUGAGGGUCACACACAUACACACAGACACACGCACACACACACACACACACGCACGCACACAACAUGCUGAUACUUCUCGGAAACUAUUCACAUAUAUUCAGACUCAUUUCCUUUGACCACAGAGUACUCAAGUCACUGGGAAAUGUUUUCUAGCAACAUAAAUCCAUGUUGUCGAAGUCGAUAAAAGAAAAAAGGAGAAAGCACGUGUUAUGUAUUAACAAGCCUUUAUUUGAAAAAUAACUCUUGUACCCCAGCUGUGUCUGAGGAAACAUGACAGAAGACUUUCCUUUCCUCCUGACUCUGUUACCAGCUUUGAACAAAUGCUCCUUUAAACCUUUCAUGACUGUUCAUACUGUAAAAAAUAUUUCUGUCAUUGAUGAAGACAGUGUAAAUAAUUCAACUCUGGCGAAGUAAAGAGAAGAAGAGUCGUGUUUUUGUUUUUUUAAUGUGUAUCCACAAUAAACAUCUCUUUAAAAAAAAAAAAAAAA